AUGGUGGACACCCCGACCGCAGCGUCGUCAGCCGCCGCGGGCAAACAUUCGGUGCUGAACUCUUCCUUUCCUGUCUUCCUGCCUGAAUUUGAGGCACUAUCUGCGCUUGCAGCUACAUUCGGGCUCAUGCCUACAGCCAAGAGCUCUGGGGCGACCGCCAGCGAGCAGAGUAUGCAGGGCACUACCAACAAGCUGAGGACGCUCGACACCCAAGAUAGAGGCUCAUCUGGGCCUAAUGAAGUGAGUUACAAUGCCCUGAAGAGGCCAAUCCCACACGAAGCUGACGAUACUCGCCCACCAAAGGCGCUCUUCGAUGAGAACAAGACGUUCACAGAAAACGCUGAUGUUACCAACAUCUCAUCCCAGAACGCUCUCGUCGAUUUGUUCUACGACAUCAGCGAGAACACUCGACCCAGCCAACUCGACAAGGCUCUCACUGGGGCUUGGAGAGAGGACGCACUUUUGACUUUGAAAAUCAUCUUCAACGCUCGAAGCAUACACCUGGGCAAGAGUAACAGGAGGGCCGCAUAUGGCGCUUUGGGUUGGCUGGCCGCCCAUCACCCAAAGACCUUUCUCUCGAGCCUGCCGUGGCUGGUCCGCCCGGUGAUCUCAAAGAAGCCUUCGAAGUCUGACACUGCUUCACGCGAUGCAGACGACGACUUCGAAAUGAUCACGGUCGGUGAUGCUGCAGCUGCGUCCACGGAAGCGAAUGACGCACACGACGUCCGCCACGGUGCAUCUCACGGUUACUGGAAGGACCUCCUCAACCUGGUCGUCUUUGCAGCACAUGAUCAGUUGAAGGUCGAUGGCGAUUUCGACUCUCUUCUCAAUCAACACCCAGAUACUUCCAAAGCAGGCAAGCGCAAGCGGUGGAACAACGACCAAGAUACCGCACGCGAGCUGCGACGCAAGAAGAACAAGGAGCAGAAUGAGCGGGUACAACAUAAGCUGGACAGUGAUCCCUUCUACCGCGCACUUCACGUUACAGUGACACAGCUCUUCGUGGAUCAGCUCAAGACUGACAAAGCUUUGCUCGACUCCGACGAGCGCGCGGACUUGCGCAAGCUGUCUCUUGCCGCCAAGUGGGCUCCUACUUGUGGAGAGUUCCACGACAAGCACACGUUCAUUCUGUCGACAAUUGCCGAGGCUCUAUUUUCAGACCCCGCGCUACACUGCCCAAACGCGACCAACAGAGAGCUCUACCUUCGCCACGUCCGUGAGCUCUACCGGAAGCAGUACGCAUCUCCGCUACGGAAAGCGCUCGGGGUUGUGGAGCGAGACAUAGCUGCUGGGACGUUCGGCAACAUCGAUUACAGUCAUGUGCCCUCGAUCGCCAUGGAUCGUUACACUGACCUCUUUAUCCGUAAGGAUGAGGAACGAUUCGCGAAGUAUAUUGACGAUGUUACAGAUGGGUCGUCCAAGAUCUCAGGUGCCACCCUAUUGCCAUCCACUUUAGUGCGCAAGGCGUGCGAGAUAUGGUCUAGUCCGGCUCCUCGAAAGGGCACAAUUGGCAAGGCAAAAGCUGGUGCACUGCAGAGAGAGAUUCAGCACAAGACUAUCGAUGGUCAAUGGCGCUCUUUGCUGAAGAGUGUCCGCGAUGCUGGGGUACUGCAGUCGUCUGUCGCGGUCUGCGACGUGAGUGGCAGUAUGUUCCAUCCAGUCCUCAGCGAUGGAUCUCUACCGGUGCACUCUUCCGUUGGUCUCUCACUUCUAAUUGCUGCGGUGACUACCGGACCCUUUGGUGGCCAUGUUAUCACGUUCUCGCAGACUCCAUCCGCUGUCAACUUCGAGGAUCCAGGCUACAGACUGGACGAUCUUUGCAACGCAGUGAAGCAUGUACAAGGGAUGGAUUGCGGGACGAACACUGAUCUCGUUGCUGUCUUCGAGGGUCUGCUCAGCGGUGCAAAAGCCUGCAAGGUAUCGCAAGCUGAGAUGGCCAAGCAGGUCUUUGUCUUCAGUGACAUGCAGUUCGAUAAAGGCAUGGAUCAACAGGUCUGGAAUUCCUCUUUCAAUCGCAUCAAGAGCGCAUACGCCGGCGCUGGAUACGACAUGCCUAAGCUCAUCUUCUGGAAUUUGGCCGGACAGUCCAGCAAGCCUGCCACUAUAGAUGAUCAGAACGUAGCACUUGUGUCAGGCUACUCGCAGGGUAUGCUCAAGGCACUUCUCGAGACUGGGGCGCUCGACGGCGUAGAUGAGAUCGUCGAGGAGGCUGUUGUGGGCGAGGACAGCAUAGUGGAAGUCAAGAAGAAGGAGAGGAUCGAUCCCCUGUCAGUGGUGAAGAAGGCAGUCAGAAACAAAGCGUACAGUAUGUUGAAGGUUGUCGACUAA